AAAUCUGGCUCAGUCGCUCAAUGGACUUCGCGCUGAAAACGUCGGAUUUGACAAUCCUUUUUGGCGCCAAAAAAAAUAGAAGAAAAACCACUUAUUAGUCCUUUUUGCUUUUCCACGUGUAUAUACCUUUUUUCCUUUUUCACGUCAGAGCGGCAAAGUGUGUGAAAAUUGUUGAAGAAAUUGUGAAAAAGCAAGAAAUAAAAAAGCAAGAAAAUAGUGAAAAAAGUGUUUCUUUUUAGGCAAAAAGGAAUUUUUAAAAAAAAAUGUGUAUAGUAAGCCAAAGAAGUGCCAAUUGGAUUUAAAGUGCCAAAUAUCAGAUAAACCACGUGGCCAUUUGUGGAUUAGGAUUAGAAAUGUGCCAUCAAUUGGAUUUGAAUGGAUUGACUUUUGUUUGAGCUGAAGAAAAAGAAAGGCGCUGGGACGAUGAAUAGCGGGGCGCCAUCUGUAGACGGUGCCGAAGAUGACGCAGUUGACUGUCGUCAGACAAAGAAUAAACGUAAAAAUUUCUCACCACGAUGUUCCCAGAUGGCGCCACAACUGACAAUUGCACUGACAGAUGAGGAAAAAUCCCCCUCACCACUUCCAUCGCAAUUUUGCCUGAUUUCGUCAGAAGAUGGCACCACCAAUGCACCCCCGCAGCCACCGCCCGAAGUAGCAAGGUUAGAAUUUGCCAUGAAGACGAUGCAGGAACUCCUCAGCAUGUACGGCCUCAGCAUAUCACCUAGGGACAUUGUCGAUGCAUUGAGCAAAGAAUCUCACCUCAGACCAGCCGGCCCUUUUGCCCAAUUUGACCUUCAGCAACCACCAACGCCACCAGAAACUCCAAAUGCAACUCCCAUUGGCUUCCAGCCGCCAAUUCCUGAAGUCCCUGAACCACCCAAACCAGUCGAGACAGCAACCUCACCACCUGAGGCACCUGAUGUGCCCAUCGAGAAGAAAAAGACAGUGACUCCAACAACAGGACCACUUCUGGGCAAGUACCUGAAGAAGUUCUCAUCGUUCUUGGAGUGCGGCAGUGAAAGGUGCCAGGCUGAAAAUAUCCGUGAUCACUACCAUUGCUUCGAUACUCACUGCCAGGGUCGGUGUCUUAGCAAAAAAGAAGAGAUCAUUAGGCACAUCAAAUGGCACAAAAAACGAUCAGAGAGCCUAACACAUGGCUUCCUUAGGUUCUCAGCCACAGAUGACUGUGCUGCCCAUUUUGGCACAUCCUGCACUCACAAUCGCAAACAAACACAUUACCACUGCCUCAGGACCAACUGUGACAAGGUCUACAUCAGUACCAGUGAUGUCCAGAUGCACUCAAACUACCACCGCAAGGAUUCAGUCAUUUUCCAGGAAGGUUUUCAACGUUUUCGGGCUACUGAGGAAUGCAAUACCGAUUACUGUGCCUUUGCACGGCAACGAACGACGCAUUUUCACUGCAGACGAAGCGGUUGUCGGUUUACAUUUAAGAAUAAGGCUGACAUGGAGAAGCACAAGACGUACCACAUCAAAGAUGAACAAUUGACACGGGAUGGCUUUAAGAAAUAUCUCAAAUCAGAGGCUUGUACCUUUCCUUCUUGUCGAUUUUCCCGUGUGGCAAAUCACAUUCACUGCACGCGUGAAAAUUGUUCCUACGUGCUGCACUCUAGUGGCCAAUUGAUCAGUCACAAACGCAAACACGAACGUCAGGAAAAUGAAGUGGCCUACAGGAGAAUUAAAGAUGAAGAUGGCACACAGGAAUGUCCGCAAGAAGAUUUUGAGCAAUUGAUGCGUGUGUGUACUGUGACAUCGUGCCGUGAAGCCAGUGAACCACUCAAUCUAACGGCUCAUUUUCACUGUGCAUGUGGCGCCACCGUCGACAGCAGCCCCACCGAAAUAGCUCAACACAUGCGGAGUCACGAGGAAACACCUCAGGCGGCAAAUCUCCUACAAAUAACCUCCAUUGACGGCUUUUUCAAUCGAAAACGCGGAAGACCACCCAAGAAUCGCGUUGUUGAGGUCUACAAUAGUGUCAAUGUAGCUCAGUCACCUCAGGCCAUUUUUACGUCAUUUAAAUUAGAAAAGGGUACCAGAAGAUCCAAUGAUCAUACUCCAGAUUCCAAUAUGGCCGCCAUUGAUUCCCAUUUUGAAUUUUUUGACCAAACCACUGACUGCUAUUUUACCGGUUGUUCAAAUCGAAAGCUCCUUCAUCAUUUUCACUGCACAAAGUGCUCUUUUUCUUUUGUAUCACCAACACAUGCUCAGACUCAUGUUUGUGACAAUCGCCGUCGGAGGCGCUCUUCAUCAUCAUCAGCUUCCUGUGGCUCCACUAAUUCUUCCGGUACCUCGUCAGCUGUUCCUGUUAAACGGGAACCCGAAGAGGGGCAUCAGUCGCAAUUUGAUGACGAAAGAGUUAGCGUUGUUCGAGCAGCUGGAACAUUUUUCCCAGAAAAUUCAGACAGUAGUGAUCCCAGUGAGGCUAAAUGUGGCGAAUCAUUGACUACAUACUGUAGUCGUCCAUUUUGUAAACUAAAAAAGAAGGUUCAUCAUCACUGUGAUUACUGCAAUCAGGCCUUUUCCGAGGAAUCUCGACUGACCCUGCACACAAUUAAGCACCAAAUGUCCCGAAGGACUGAAGAUGAGACACCAGCAACAACUGGUCAAAUUCCAGUUGGUCAAAUGCCCAUUUAUCCUCAUACAAUGAUGUACAAGGGCUUCUAUCCCUUCUUAGAUAUUCCACGACCUGAAGAUAUUCCAUCAACAUCAAAUUUCAGGGGACCACUAUCAAUUGGGCCACCACCGAAGCAGGCCCGGAUUGAGGAUGAUGUCACCAGGAGCUGUAGAAUGUUCAAAGAUGAACCAAUACCUCAAGGUUACCUCAAAUUUCGCUUCAAUGAGGAUUGCAAAUUCAGCAAUUGUGGCUAUCGCAAUCAUCAAUCGCACUUUCAUUGCUGUCGCCAUGAUUGUUUCUACAGUUUCUGUGAUAAAACACGUUUUGUGCAACAUACAGCCCGCCAUGAGAGACUAGAUAAACUGAUGGGAGAUGAUUUUAAGCAGUAUCGUGCCAAUAUGCGAUGUGGUUAUGAUAGUUGUGCCUACAGCAAGGCAACUGGAAGUAGCAACAAGAGUUCGCACUUUCACUGUCUCAAAUGCGAUUUUAUCUGUUCGGACACCAACAAAGUUGUUGCCCAUCGCCGACAACACACAAAACUUGAAUAUAUUCGUUUGGCCGGUUUCCGGAAAGUUAGUAACAGCGAGAAUUGUCUGAGUCCGGAGGCAGAUGGCGCCACGUGUAGCUACAGCGGUCGUCAGACUCACUACCAUUGUUUAGUCUGCAACUGUAGUGUCCUCAGUCGAGCUCAGCUUACGUCACAUCGUCACAGGGAAUAAGAGCUGUCUGGUAGCCCUCAAUCCUGCACCAUUUCCUCUGGACACAAGUGCUCAGUAGCAUUUCAAGGGACAUUGGAACCUACCCCCUCCCCCGCCCCCGCCCCCAAGCCACAACAGCCCAAGAAGUUACAUUUAUAACCCUAUUUAUCUUAAAAGAGAAAAAAAAAGAAAAGUAUAAGAAACGAUACAAAUAAUUAUUAUUGAUUUAUUUGGGUAUUUAUUUUAAUUGAUAAUAUUAUUUUCAAAAGAUUUAAUUAAUGAAGGAUGAUGAAGAAAAAAAAACUGUGCAGAUUAGUUAGUUAAUUUUUUUUCGAUUAUUUUUUUUCGAUUUAAUUUUUAUGAUUUUUUUUUCGCCCAGAUUAAUACACCAAACACUACAUUCUCAGAGAUAAUUUUUUUCAAAUAGCAAGGAAAAUGGUUAAAAUGAAAGAUUAAAAAUGCAAAAAAAUAAAAGACAAUGAUAAACUGAUCACAGUUGAGUGCCAUAAAAUUGACAAUUUAAUAAAGAAAAAAAAAAAAAGAAAAACAAAUAAUUCAAGUGCCAGAAAAUAAAUGGAAUAUCCCGCAGCAUUAAAUGUACAAAGAAACUUUAACUAUUAAAUAGAUAUCAAAUUAUUAUAUUUCACUGUAAUUGAAAUAAAUGGAAGAACAGCAUAAAAGAAAAAGAAAAAGAGAAUAAGAAAUUGUAGAGAACAAAUAAUUUAGCUGAUUUACCAAUAAAAAGCCCAUUUGUCGCCA